CCCGCCGGCUAGGUGAAGGUGAGAGUCUCCUCCAGCCAGCGCCUGUAGACUGAACCGAGUGGCUUAAGAAUCACGGAGGGGACUCCUGGCUAACUCCAGCUCUCUCGCCAUGGCGCCUCCGUCAGUGUUUGCAGAGGUUCCUCAGGCUCAGCCUGUCCUUGUGUUUAAGCUCACUGCCGACUUCCGAGAGGAUCCGGACCCCCGCAAGGUCAACCUGGGAGUUGGAGCUUAUCGCACAGAUGACUCCCAGCCCUGGGUUUUGCCUGUCGUGAGGAAGGUGGAACAGAAGAUAGCUAACGACAGUAGCCUAAACCACGAGUAUUUGCCGAUCCUGGGCCUACCGGAGUUCCGGGCUCUCGCUUCCCGCCUUGUCCUUGGGGAGAGCAGCCCAGCUCUCCAGGAGAAGCGGGUGGGAGGUGUGCAGUGUUUGGGGGGAACAGGUGCAAUUCGAAUUGGAGCCGAUUUCUUAUCACGAUGGUACAACGGAACAAACAACAAGGACACACCUGUCUAUGUAUCCUCACCAACCUGGGAGAAUCAUAAUGCUGUGUUUACUGCUGCUGGAUUUAAAGAUAUUCGGUCCUAUCACUAUUGGGAUGCAACGAAGAGAGGACUUGACCUCCAGGGUUUCCUCAAUGAUCUGGAGAAUGCUCCUGAGUUUUCCAUCUUUGUCCUCCAUGCCUGUGCACACAACCCGACUGGCACUGACCCAACCCCAGAGCAGUGGAAGCAGAUCGCCUCCGUCAUGAAGCGCCGGUUUCUGUUUCCCUUCUUUGACUCGGCCUAUCAGGGCUUCGCGUCUGGAGACCUAGAGAAAGACGCCUGGGCCAUUCGCUAUUUUGUGUCUGAAGGAUUCGAGCUCUUCUGUGCCCAGUCCUUCUCCAAGAACUUUGGGCUCUACAAUGAGCGUGUGGGGAAUCUGACUGUGGUUGCAAAAGAACCUGAUAGCGUCCAGCGGGUCCUUUCCCAGAUGGAGAAGAUUGUGCGAAUUACUUGGUCUAAUCCACCUGCUCAGGGAGCGAGGAUUGUGGCCACUACCCUCUCUGACCCUGCGCUCUUUAAGGAAUGGACCGGCAAUGUAAAGACAAUGGCUGACCGGAUUCUGACCAUGAGAUCUGAACUCAAGGCACGAUUAGAAGCUCUUAAGACCCCUGGAACCUGGAACCACAUCACUGAUCAAAUUGGAAUGUUCAGCUUCACCGGGUUGAACCCCAAGCAGGUUGAAUAUCUGGUCAGUGAAAAGCACAUCUAUCUGCUGCCAAGUGGUCGGAUCAACAUGUGUGGCGUAACCAGCAAAAAUAUAGAUUACGUGGCCACCUCCAUCCAUGAAGCAGUCACCAAAAUCCAGUGAAAAAGCAACGACGACACCAGCACCACCAAAGCGGUCCUGUCACGUGUGUCCCCUGCCUGCACAAACCUAGUUGUAUACAUCAUGGAUUAAUUAGACUUUUGCGGGACUGAAAGUCUGCUCUGGAGGGGUGGCCUCUGCCUAAACUGGUUCCACGUGAAGGGAACAUCCGUUGAAAAGAAACGUGGGCCUGGGAUGAGAGCCCUUUUGGAGGCCAGAGCAAACGAAGCUUUCUAUUUAAGAAUAAAACGGUACUUUUGAUCAUGAGGCGUAGCUAUCUUGCCCCCUCACUAGAAACAGGAGUCUUGCUGUGUUGCUUGUGUGCUUCUGUGUGUUGCCUGACUCUAUAAAGUCUAGUCCCAAAGUUCAAGUUGUCUGAAGAGCCACAUGUGAUUGUGGGUGUUGUUUGUCAUUAAAACUCAUCAUCUCUA